AUGACCAAUUCAGACCUGCUGGAGCUAGUCUGGAGAGGAUCUGGGGCCUCCCUGGGCUGGUGCGAGGUGGGGGAGCAGACAGAGAGGGAAGAAGAGGGUGCCUGGGACUGUCCCCUGAUCCCCCAGUUCACCACCCUGCUCUAUGGCUACUGCUACCAGGACAGCGAGGACAUCCCAGACACCCUGACUACCAUCACGGAGCUGGGUGCCCCUGUGGAGAUGAUCCAGCUGCUGCAGACUUCCUGGGAGGACCGUUUCCGAAUCUGCCUGAGCCUGGGCCGCCUCCUCCACCACCUGGCCCACUCCCCGCUGGGCUCCGUCACUCUGCUGGACUUCCGCCCCCGACAGUUUGUGCUGGUGGAUGGGGAGCUGAAGGUAACGGAUCUGGAUGACGCACGCGUGGAGGAGACACCAUGUACAAGCAGCACAGACUGCAUACUGGAGUUUCCAGCCAGGAACUUCACCCUGCCCUGCUCAGCCCAGGGCUGGUGCGAGGGCAUGAAUGAGAAGCGCAACCUCUACAAUGCCUACAGGUUUUUCUUCACAUACCUCCUGCCCCACAGUGCCCCACCCUCACUACGACCUCUGCUGGACAGCAUUGUCAAUGCCACAGGAGAGCUCACCUGGGGAGUAGACGAGACUCUGGCCCAGCUGGAGAAAGUGCUACACCUGUACCAGAGCGGGCAGUACCUGCAGAAUGCCACGGCAGGCAGCAGAGCGGAGUACCAGGGCCUCCCAGGCAGCACCAUCCCCCAGGAAGACUACCGCUGCUGGCCCUCCUACCACCACGGAAGCUGCCUCCUUUCAGUGUUCAACGUGGCUGAGGCCGUGGACGUCUGUGAGAGCCAUGCCCAGUGCCAGGCCUUUGUGGUCACCAACCAGACCACCUGGACAGGUCGGCAGCUGGUAUUUUUCAAGACAGGAUGGAGCCACGUGGUCCCCGAUCCCAACAAGACCACAUAUGUGAGGGCCUCGCUGACCUGA